AUGUGCGAGAUUACUAAAUGCCACAUCAGGGAUCCUCCUCCUAUUUUUCAUGAGUAUUUAAAGCCUGGGGGACUAAUCUUUGCUGCUGUUACUAAUCAAAUCCACCUACUUUCAGAACACUUAACUUUUGAAAAGUAUCCUUCUUAUGAACAGUCAGACUUCGUGUUCCUGACUCACAACUACCAACACAUCCUGGCUCUGAUGUUUGCUGUAAAAGAAAUCAAUGAAAAUUCCCAGCUCUUGCCCAAUGUCUCCCUGGGUUUCCAUAUCUAUAAUGAUUAUUUUAUUGCAAGCUGGACUUAUCAUGCAGCAAUGCAACUGCUGUCUACAAAGGACCAGUUCAUCCCUAACUACAAGUGUGAUGAUCAGGGCAAAGUAAUGGCUGUAAUUGGAGGACCCAAUUCUAAUCUAUGUCUUGAUCUGGCAACUAUCCUCAACAACUACCAGAUACCACAGCUCAUAUAUGGAUCUUCUCCAAUGAUAGAUGACAAGAUACAGGCAGCUUUCUUUCUUCGUUUUUUCCCAAAUGGUGACCAACAGAUCAUGGGUAUUCUCCAGUUGCUUUUGUACUUAAGGUGGACUUGGAUUGGGCUAAUUUUCCAACGUAAUGAGAGUGGAGAGAGGUUCAUACAAAAUGGUGUUACUUUGUUUUCCCAGAAAGGUAUCUGCUUUGACUUCAUGCAAGAGAUGGCCAAGGAAACAUUUGCUAAUGAUAUACUAGUUGCAUUGAAAGAUUUUAUUAAAAUGUACAUGAUUAUCAUGAAGAGCACUGCCAAUGUUAUUAUCCUAUGUUGUGAAAACCAGGUCACUGCCAUUUUUAGAAUGGUGCCCUAUUUUACAGAAUUUGAAGAGACAGCAAUUAAGAGAAAAGAUAAAGUUUGGAUAAUUCCAGCCCAGAUGGAGUUUACAUCACUUCCCUUUCAAAAAAUAUGGGGUAUGGACUUCUUCCAUGGUGUUAUAAGUUUUGCAGUUUCUUCUAAGAAGAUCUCUGGAUUCAACAAAUUCCUUCAGAUGAGAAACCCAACUUCAGAAGAGAAAGACCAUUUACUGAGAGUGUUUUGGGAAAAGGUUUUUGAAUGUUCUUUUCCUCAAGAUGAGUUUGAUGAAGAUACUGGACGGCUGUGCACUGGAGAAGAGAAGCUUGAGAAUCUUCCUAAGUCUGUCUUUGACACCACCAUGACUGGGCAGAGCUACAGCAUCUAUAAUGCAGUCUAUGCGGUGGCACAUGCUUUGACAGCCAUGUUUUCAUCCAAAUCCAAAUACAGAGCAAGGGCAAACAGUGGGAGACUGAUUAUUCUCAAUCAAGAAACGUGGCAGCUCCAUCACUAUUUGAGAACCAUCUCAUUCAAUAACACCGCAGGAGAGAAAGUUUCCUUUAAUGAAAAUGGGGACUUAGAGACUGGAUUUGAUAUUUUCAACUGGGUCACAUUCCCAAACCAGACCUUUGUUAAAGUCAAAGUUGGAAAGAUAGACCCAGUAGCUUCACCAGAUAAGCUUCUCACCAUUUCUACACAGGACAUCAUCUGGCCCACCAUGUUUAACCAGGUUCUACCUCUUUCUGUAUGCAAUGACAAAUGCUAUUCAGGCUACAGUAAGAUGAAAAUAGAAGGGAAGCCUUUUUGCUGUUAUGAUUGCCUUCCAUGCGCAAAAGGGAAAAUUUCAAACCAGAUGGAUGCAGUUGAUUGCUUCCAAUGUUCAGAAGAUCAAUAUACAAACAAAGCUCAAAACCUUUGCAUUCUAAAACAAACAACGUUUCUGUCUUACAGUGAGCCACUGGGAAUCACCUUGGCGACUGUUAGUCUCUCCUUUUCAUUCAUCACAGCCUUGGUGUUCGGCAUUUUCAUUAAACAACGGGACACCCCUAUAGUCAAAGCCAACAACAGGAACCUCACCUACAUUCUCCUCAUUGUUCUCCUGCUCUCCUUCCUUUGCACUUUGCUCUUCAUUGGCCAACCUGACCAAGUGAAAUGUCUCAUGCGACAAACUGCUUUUGGCAUAAUCUUCUCUGUUGCCAUUUCUUGCAUAUUGGGGAAAACAACCAUUGUUGUCCUUGCUUUCAUGGUCACCAAGCCAGGUUCCAAAAUGAGGAAAUGGGUGGGCAAAAGGCUGGCCAAAGCGAUUGUCCUAUCUUGCUCCCUAGCUCAAUUCACCAUUUGUGUAGUGUGGCUGGCAAUUUCCCCCCCAUUCCCAGAUUCAGACAUGUACUCCAUGGCUGAAGAAAUUGUCCUAGAAUGUAAUGAAGGCUCAACCACUAUGUUUUAUACUGUCCUUAUUUUCCUGGGUUUCUUGACUUCUAUCAGCUUCACAGUAGCCUUCCUGGCUAGGAAGUUACCUGACAGCUUUAAUGAAGCCAAAUUUAUCACCUUCAGCAUGUUGGUCUUUUGUAGUGUCUGGAUAUCAUUUGUUCCCACCUAUCUGAGUACGAAGGGCAAAUACAUGGUGGCAGUGGAGAUCUUCUCUAUUUUGGCUUCUGCAGCUGGAUUACUGGGCUGCAUCUUUUUCCCCAAAUGCUAUAUCAUUAUUCUGAGACCUGAUCUGAAUAAGAAGGAGCAGUUAACAAAGAAAUAA